UUUGUUUUUAUCUCAACUUUAGUUGUGAAUGUUUCACUUCUUUUAAACAAGCAUGAAUACAAAAUUAUCGAUUAUUUAUUCUGCAGAGGAAACCUCUGAUGGUGUUAGCAAGUCUGUCCAUAGGGUUUUUGCUUCAAUGUUUGGUGAUCAUGUAAGUGAUGAUGAUGAUGAUGAUGAGGAACAGGAACAAAGUGAACAGCUCUCUGCUGGAGAAAUUUUUGCCUUGGAAAUGGAGCUACACCGGGAACAUAAGAAAAUGCAGAGGGAGAGGCGUCCUCGGAGUAAACUCCCUAAAGCUUUGAGAGGUCUCAUGGGAGAAGCUAAUAUUAGGUUUGCACGAGGAGACCGAGAAGAAGCUGUGAUGAUGUGUAUGGAAAUCAUUAGACAAGCUCCUCUUGCCUAUGAGCCCUUUUCCACUCUUGCGAUGAUUUAUGAAGAUCAAGGAGAUAUGGAGAAAUCACUGCAGUUUGGACUAAUUGCAGCUCAUCUGAAUCCAAGUGACCCAGAGGAGUGGGUGAAAUUGGCUGAAAUGUCCCUUGAGCAAGACAAUAUCAAACAAGCUAUUUUCUGUUAUUCAAAAGCCAUAAAAUAUGACACAACAAACGUACGGUACCUGUGGGAACGUUGCAGUCUCUAUGAACAGCUGGGUGAACACAAACUAGCUAUGGAUGGAUAUAGGCGCAUCCUGAACAUUCUGCCGCCUACUGAUGGGGAGCAUUUUAUGCAGUUGGCCAGAGAUAUGGCAAAAAGCUAUUAUGAGACCAAUGAUAUUACAUCAGCCAUUGGUGUGAUGGAAGAGGCUCUCAGCAAACAUCAGAACCUGGUUUCUGCUGAGGAUGUUAACAUGGCAGCUGAAUUGUACCUGUCCAGCAAGCAAUAUGAUAAAACUUUGGAGACAAACGAGGUGAACUCUAGAGGAGAGGUGACAGUGACUGUCCUUGAUAUCAAAGCCAUAUUUAACCAUGUCUGUCAUCAAGAACCUAGCAAAAUUCGUGUCAGUGGAAAUUGGAUGGAAACACUGUGCUGCUAG